GUCUUCUGAGGUCCACAACUGCCAUUGGCAUCAAAUAAGCUACUAAUAUGUUACCUGAGAUAUGCCUAGUCUCCGGGUAGGUAUAUUGAAAAACCCAAGCUGCGAAGAGCGGCGGAUGCUCUCGUUCACAACUUGCAAGAGCAAGGACCCAACGUCCAGUUGCAAAACCCAAGCAGCAGUACCGCGACAGGCCGGCAACAUUGUAUAUACAACAAUUUCUAGAUGUUUUUCGGUUUUUAUUUUCCAUUAGCUAUCUAGCGGCCUGGUCUCAUGCCGUAGGUAGUAGACACCUUGGGAGAUUGUGAUGAUGACCGCCUGGCACAGAGGAGUGACCCCGUCCGCCAAGUGUGAGCGUUUCCAGACUCAGGCAGUUAAACAGGGUAACAACCUCUUCAUGACACCCACCCACCCUGCUGCUGCGGCAAAUCUCAACGUUCCAUUCAAGUUGCGAUUGUGUCAUCCCAUCACGUCUGCUCCAGCCCGACAUAUCAUGGUCAACUCAACUGCUAGACUCGAGCUCAAACAAGGACGCAACUUGAACAUCCUCGGAUUAACCGCCUUCCCAUCGCCCACAGCAAUCGUUCGCCAACGCAACUCAAACCUCCUAGGUUCCGUCCGUCUAACCCCCAUCUUGUCUGGGAAGAAGAGGAAAAUAAAACCCUCCCAGCAUCCCAUAACCGAUCCGCUUACCAGUUCCCCCAGCCACAAACUCUGUAAACCGGUGCCCGAAACAAAAAAUAAAAGCCCAUCCGUCUAAGACGAGACCACUGCGCCGAUCAGAAUGCAACGCGUGAAUGUUCCUGUCAAUUAGGGCCAAACCACGGGCCUGCCCUUGUCCGAUUGGGCAAUAGUACGCACCAUUUGUGUGGA